AUGUCAGACUUAAAUAAAGAGGUCGUGGAUUUAGUGUGGGGGAGACCAACAAGUGGAGCAGUUUCAGCCUCCAUAUUUCGCAGAUGGACACAAGGGUUUGUGUUCAGUGACAGUGAGCACACGGCACUGGAGCAGUUUGAAGGAGGGCCAUGUGCAGUAAUUGUACCUGUACAGGCUUUCCUCCUGAAGACUCUUCUCUUUAACCGAGAGACUUCAAACUGGAGACAUGUGACAGAAGAAGAGCAAAAAACGCUCCUGUGUUCUGCACUAAGUGAGAUUCUAGAAUCUGCCUGCUCCAACACCUCCACAGGAUUCUGCCUUGUGUCAUGGGCCAAGGGACAAGGCCCACAUAUUCUCACACAUACAAAAGCACAGAACCUGUCAGAAACGCAGGAUAUGCCAGUGCCAGAGAGCAGCCAACCACUGGAGGGGCAGCAGCAACCCACUGCUUUGGCUGUUGAAGACCUUGGCUUUGAGCGAUUUCACAGUGUUCUUCAGAAAAGAGUGUUGAUGUCUGUGUCAGAUCUCCAAACUGAGGUGCUAUCCCUCUUUCACACCUGGGAGGGGUGCUGUGGAGUUUUACUUUUCCUCUACUCUGUCAUCCUCACCAAGGGCAUUGAGAACAUAAAAAAUGAGAUCCAGGACACAAUGGAGCCUCUUAUAGAUCCAGUGCACGGCCAUGGCUGUCAAAGUCUGGUGAAUCUUCUUGUAACUGGCCAUGCAGUUGCCAAUGUCUGGGAUGGAGAUCGAGAGUGUUCUGGAAUGAAGCUGCACGGAAUUCAUAAACAGGCAUCAGUUGGCUUCCUCACACUCAUGGAGUCACUUCGCUACUGCAAGGUGGGGACAUACAUGAAGUCGCCCAAGUUCCCUAUUUGGAUCAUUGGAAGUGAAACACACCUCUCUGUUUUUUUCACAAAGGAGAUGUCCCUGGUCGGACCAGAGUGUCCAUCAGAGCUGGCAAGGAGAGUCUUCCAGUCAUUUGAUCCUGAAGAUAACGGCUUCAUCCCAGACUGUCUGCUACAGGAAGUGAUGAAAGCCCUUGACCUUGUCUCAGAGCCAGAGUAUGUCAGUCUGGUCAAGAACAAGUUGGAUCCAGAGAAUUUGGGCAUAAUUCUCUUGGCCCCAUUCCUCUUGGAAUUCUUUCCUGAUCAGGAUUCAGGAAUCCCGGACUCAUUUACCGUGUAUCACUAUAAUGGGCUCAAACAGUCUAACCACAAUGAGAGGGUGGAGUAUGCGGAAGGGACCGCUUUGGUGCUAGGAUUUGAAGACCCCAUGGUACGGACCGAUGACACUCCAGUCAAGCGCUGCCUACAGACCAAGUGGCCCUAUAUUGAGCUGCUGUGGACCACAGAGCGUUCACCAUCACUCAACUAG